GCUUCAUUUCACCACCCCUUAACACUGUUUGGGAUCGCUUACACACCAAGGUAGCCACCCCUCUGCCUCCGAGGAGAAUGCUUCCCAUCUCUCAAUGUUUGAGUCGCUCACCCUGCCUUUCUCCGAAGACCAUGUUUCUUAUGAAGCCCGUGUGCGUUCUUCUAGUCACUUGUGUCCUUCACCGCAGCCACGCCUGGUCAGUGAACAAUUUUCUGAUGACCGGUCCAAAGGCUUACCUGGUCUACUCCAGCAGCGUGGCCGCUGGCGCCCAGAGUGGUAUUGAAGAAUGUAAAUACCAGUUUGCUUGGGACCGUUGGAAUUGCCCCGAGAGAGCUUUACAGCUGUCCAGCCAUGGUGGACUUCGAAGCGCUAACCGGGAGACAGCAUUUGUGCACGCCAUCAGCUCUGCUGGGGUUAUGUACACCCUGACUAGAAACUGCAGCCUCGGAGACUUUGACAACUGUGGCUGUGAUGACUCCCGAAAUGGACAACUGGGGGGCCAAGGUUGGCUCUGGGGAGGCUGCAGUGACAACGUGGGCUUCGGAGAGGCAAUUUCCAAGCAGUUUGUGGAUGCCCUCGAGACAGGACAAGAUGCCCGGGCAGCCAUGAAUCUGCACAACAAUGAGGCUGGCCGCAAGGCGGUCAAGGGCACCAUGAAACGCACGUGUAAGUGCCACGGUGUGUCCGGCAGCUGCACCACGCAGACCUGCUGGUUGCAACUGCCAGAGUUCCGGGAGGUAGGCGCGCACUUGAAGGAGAAGUAUCAUGCGGCGCUCAAGGUGGACCUGCUGCAAGGCGCGGGCAACAGCGCGGCGGGCCGCGGAGCCAUCGCCGACACCUUCCGCUCCAUCUCCACCCGCGAGCUGGUGCAUCUGGAGGACUCCCCAGACUACUGCCUGGAGAACAAGACCCUGGGGCUGCUGGGCACCGAGGGCCGAGAGUGUCUGCGGCGCGGGCGCGCCCUGGGUCGCUGGGAGCGCCGCAGUUGUCGCCGGCUGUGCGGGGACUGCGGGCUAGCGGUGGAGGAGCGCCGCGCCGAGACAGUGUCCAGCUGCAACUGCAAGUUUCACUGGUGCUGCGCGGUCCGCUGCGAGCAGUGCCGCCGGCGGGUCACCAAGUACUUCUGCAGCCGCGCAGAGCGGCCGCCCAGAGGCGCUGCGCACAAACCGGGAAAGAACUCCUAAGGGUAUCUAUCCCUCCCGCCUCCACCCCUGUUCGUCCUCGGCUUCCUUUAGAGACCCCCGGAAAUAGAGGAACCCAGAAUGGGGGACCUCGCACUCCCUAGCCCAGAGAUUCUGACAGGAGGAGGCUGCAGUCUCUACCGAGUGACACUUUGUAGCUCACUCGUAGGUCUCAAAACUGUUAUAAAAUUCUGCAAGUUGUUCCUGAAAAGAGGAUGAGAACAGGCGAGUCUCCUCACCCCACUUUACCUACUUCGGACCCCAAUGGUCGCUCAAUGCUGGACCUAGCUUAUCAGGCCUAGGAAGGGCCCCUCUCAGAUAUUCAGGGUCCAGGGAAAGACGUGGCCCUUCUCUUGCUCGCCAUAGCUUCACCUCCCUCCUGUGAGCCAGAGCUUCUAGGCCUAGACUCCCCGCUGUUGAUUAUUCAAGAAUCUAACACUUUGUCUUCUCAUUUCCCUACUAUUUCUGGAAAGAAAAAAAAAACACAACCAAAUCAAAACAACAACCAAACAAAAACAUUAAGAAAGAAAAAGGGAAGAAGCCUUUGAAUAAGGGGUAAGAGGUAACCCCAGAGCCAAAUGUUACUCCUCUGUGACAUCAUGUCACUGGCAGGCCUCAGCUAAGCAGUGACCUUCCUAAACACCAAAGAUACUCCAGUCACACCCAAGGGGUCUCGGAGUGGUAGAGGUCUGUAGUAGGCAGGUUGGCAAUCAUUUUCUGAUUACUUUGUAUCAUAGCAGCGUCUAACUUUGUCUCCUUCUCCGCGGGAGCUUUGAUCUUCUGAGCCAAGACAGGCAAAUCAAGGUUUUUGGAUCUGUGCCUCUUAAGGAAGGGCAUAGGAAGGAGAAACCAGACCCUAAUACCUGGUUCUCAAAUAGGCAGGGUUCAGAACAUCUGCCAGAUGCGUUCUCUGAUAAGUAAACCGUCACCGGCUCCCCCCCCCCCCCACGCUCUGAAACUGUUGCUAAGAGGAUGUUCAGAGCCUUAACCUAUUUAAUUUAUUGCAGUCUGAAAUAUGUCCCUUCUCCCAGGUCCUGACCUCGCUGAUUGCUGAGGGGGAAGCACAGCAGAAACUUACCCUCUAAGCUCUCUCCUCCCUCCCACUCUGGCAGGGUACCAUCUUCUCCCUGUAGUUGACGGCCUAAGUAGCUAGUUUGAUUUGACUGAGGUUAAUCUGCCAAGGAUUAGUAAAUCACCCACAUAAACCUUCCGCUCAUGCAUUCACUUGGAAGCCCAGAGCUCGCCGCGCCGCUUCUGAGUUUCUUCCUUGGGCAGUCUGGCAGGGUCUUGUUUAUGAAAUGGGUAUUGGGAGAACUGAAGAGCAAGCUCAGCCCAGACCUUCCCCAUAGCUGUUCCUUGCCCUAGGUUAGACCUGGGUGUGGGUAUCCACAGCACUUUUGAAGCAGAGACUUUCAAAUUCUAUACUUUCUUCCUCUUCUGCUGCAAGUACAGAGCUGAGCUCACAAUGCCAAAGCCACAGUGACUACAUCGGAAGAGUGAAAUGCCCCUGACAUUCGGGGACAGUGGCCUCGUUAAACCUCUGUGCAUCUUCUGGUCCUAUUGAAACUUUGUGGGAGGCAGUUUUUCUGGUAUUAGCAGGGGACAUACUUCCCUUCCCUUUUGGGGUCUUUUGCUACUUCACUUCCAGCUGUGAGCAAUUCUUACCUGUGCCUUCUGAGCCUCCUCAGCUCUCCUUUUCCUAGUCUUUCAGCAGUGCGUGUUAAUCCCAGGUCUUACUGGACAGUUACUUGAUAAGUGUACAGAAGAAAACCCGGCAGUGCAACUGAAAACUCUAAGGGUUCCACAUUGGAACGUGAAGCUGCAUUUUUCCAGGGCUCUCAGCAGAACCGUGGAAGCAUCGUGCUUCUGUGUUCAGAACUUUAAAGUCAGACUCCAAAUGCCUCCUCCGGCUUGUCAUUUCUUCCAUAGAUUAGACUUUGUAUCACCAAGUGGGUAUGAGUGACUCCCAGUUCAUCCCAGUUCUACAGAGAACUUCCUGCCCAUGCACUACGCCUUCAGCCUUUGUUCACGCUAUACACACUGGAGUGGAGACAGCUAACAACACACAAGCAUCCUUCAGUUCACGGCUUCAUGUCCUACACUAACUCACUGAGACUCUGCAGACAACUCUAGAGCUGCUGACUGCUGACUGGGAAGAUUAGACACCUCUGAGGUCAGCUAGUCAAACUUUAAC